AAAAAAAAAAAAAAAAACACACGUCUUGGGUCAUAUAAUGCAUUAGGCCCCCUUCUUAAACUACCUCAAUUUUCCGGCCCUUUACAGAGCUACAACCUCACCGCAUCAUCAGCCUACUACUACCACUACACCGGCGCUCCCAUUUCACAAACGCGUCACUUCCUCCGGUUCACCUGAGCACUACUCUACUGUCCCUGACCGGUUAGUUUUGGUUGCUAUUGAACUGCCACUCAAACCUAAGAAAUGAUAGGACUUUCUGUUGGAGAAAAGCAUUUUAUACAGGGUGGCAUCAAUCAAAAUCUUCGUUCUGAUGGUCGGAAAAGAGAUGCCUACCGACCCAUUUUUGUUGAAACUGGAGUCAUCCCUCAGGCAAAUGGCUCAGCACGAGUUAGGAUAGGCACAACGGAGGUUAUUGCUAGUGUGAAGGCUGAGCUUGGAAAGCCAAGUGCAUUGCAUCCUGACAAGGGAAAGGUUGCUAUAUUUGUUGAUUGCAGUCCAGUUGCUGAACCAAUGUUUGAGGGGAGAGGAGGUGAAGACCUGUCAGCAGAACUUUCAGUUGCUCUUCAACGUUGUCUCUUGGGCAGUAAAAGUGGAGUAGGGGCUGGAAUUGAUCUAUCAUCUUUAGUAGUUGCAGAAGGAAAAGUCUGUUGGGAUCUUUAUAUUGAUGGUCUUGUCAUCAGUUCAGAUGGAAAUCUUCUAGAUGCUCUAGGUGCUGCAAUUAAGGCUGCUUUGAGCAAUACAUGCAUCCCAAGGGUCCAUGUCGCAGCUGGUGCAUCAGGCGAUGAGCAACCAGAGGUUGACAUUAGUGAUGAAGAAUUUCUUCAAUUUGACACGUCGGAGGUCCCUGUCAUAGUUACAUUAACAAAGGUGGGAAGGCACUAUAUUGUAGAUGCUACUUCAGAAGAGGAAUCCCAGAUGACCUCUGCUGUUUCUGUUUCCAUCAAUAGGAAAGGGCAUAUUUGCGGGUUGACAAAACGAGGAGGCGCCGGCAUUGAUCCAAGUGUUAUUUCAGACAUGAUAUCCGUGGCACGACAUAUAAGCGAGCAACUGAUGAAUAAAUUGGACUCUGAAAUAGCUGCUGCUGAGGCUGUUGAAGAUGAAUCAUGACAUGCAGAGCAAGUACAAAAACCUCUUGUGUCAUUAUUUUAACAUUAAGACUAGUGAUGAAUAGAGUUAAGAAUGUGUUGUAUACUUUGAAUUUCAUAUAUAAAGUCAGAUUUAGAAUGUAAUUGAAUUGCUUGGAAAGUUCACACAAAAUGUUUGUAGUUUUUACUAAAAGAUUUGACGACUCAAA